AUGAAAAGACUACACCCUACUUCUAGGCCGCUCAAGCAGACCAAGUUGACCUUCCUGCUACCCAGAUUAGCUCCUGAUGCACCUCCUGAGCAGUGGGCAGGUGUGGCGCCUGUUGCUUUGGCCACAGAGGUCGUUGACUCGCAACACGAUCGUGAGCAAGCGCUUCUUGAGGCUGCCAUUGAGACUGCAGCUCAGACCGGUAACGACAGGAUUGAUGAGCAGCUGAAUUUGACGAGGAGGCCCAUCGGACGGCCAGCAACCACAUCAAGGAAGCUGCCGUUGCUAGCGGUCCUUGAAGCAUUGACCACGCUUGGACUCUCCCACAACGAAAUCAAGUUGCUGGUUGUGCAGACCGUGUUCCGCUGUGGCGAUCAGGUCCAAACCGCGAUCAACCAACUCCACGCACAGCAGCCGCAGCUCUUCCAUCAGGGGUGCGAGCUCAAGCACCAGACAGUAACGGACUGGUACCGCAGCUGGAUAGCGUCCAACAAGACCAAGUUCACGACAGCGGCGCCUAAGUCCAAGCCCAAGCACCCUGUGGAGAUUCCGCCCCAGGUCAACUCGGCGACCCUGCGGCCGUACAUAAUUGGGGGGCUAAAGAGGGCGGGUUAUGCCAGCAUUCUGGCUGAUCACCCAGUGGCCUACCUGACAUGGAAACACAAGAUCCCGCCCGAGCUCGUCAUCAAUGGCGACCAGACUGGCUGUAAUCUUUUCCCCUACAGCCGUGAGACCUAUGCUAGGACAGGUACUAAGCACGUUCGUGGCCUGGGCCUCGAGGAGAAGCGGCAGAUCACCGUGAUGGUGGCCUGCUCGGCCAGCGGGGACAUGCUUCCACCGAAAGUCAUCUUCCAGGGGAGCACACAGCGCUGCCUGCCUCCAGUGGAGACAUGCAAGGCUAUGGAGGCGGAAGGCUGGCUCUUCACCUACUCGGACAACCACUGGGCCAACGAGGAGACCAUGAAGCAGUGGGUUCGGAGCAUCGUGAAGCCCUACGUGGCGCGCGUCAAGGCGGACCUCAAACUGCCGGAGGACCACCCCUGGCUCAUCCUGCUUGAUUGCUGGAACGUCCACCUCCUUGAGUCGUUCCAGGCGUACAUCAAGGAGCAGUGUCCCGGCGCCAUCGUCAAGUACAUCCCGGCCGGCUGCACGUCCAAGGCUCAGCCAUGCGACGUGGGCAUUCAAAAGCCGUUCAAGGAUGGCACACGCGAGGCUGCCAUGGUUGCCGUCCAGGACAAGGUCCGUCGCCAGUUCAAUGCUGGCAUCGCCCCCAUGGAUGUCCGCCUCAACCUCGGGACUUCCUUCCUGAAGCCCCUCUUGCCUGCCCUGCUGUACACGGGAUGGUGCAAGCUAAAGGACAACCCAGACAUGGUGCGGGCUGCCUUCCGUGCCGCGGGUCUGCUUGCUGCUUUCGAGCAGGCAACCCGUGACGAGGCGCUGCGCCUAAAGGAGGAAGGAGAGCACCUGCUCUUCCCACGUGCUGCAAGUGAGCGGCAGGCACAGGCGGAGGCGACGGCUGCAGCAGCUGGCAUCAGCGCCGACCUGACACCACAGCCGACCCCAGGCCAUCUGGUUCUUGAUGACGACGAGGAGGACGACUACUUCGAAGAGCUCAAGGCCCAGAUGAAGGAGCUGCAGCAGCAGCACGAGCAUCAAUCUCUUGAGGAGGUGCAGCGGCUGCAAGCGGAAGCUGAGGCCAUCCCUGAGGAGACCAUGGACGAUGAGGAGACCCCAGUCGUUCAACGUGGAAGGGGCCGUGGUCGGGGCCGAGGGCGUGGUGGGGCCGGCAGGGGCCGCGGAAGGGGCAGGGGGCGGGGUCGCGGGCGCGGGCGUGGGCAAGCAUCUGCCAUGGAGGCACCGACGGAAGAGGGUGGGGAGGCGGAAGAUGAGGAGGGUGAUGGCAUGGAGUCCGAGGAGGAGGAUGGAGUGCCUCCUUCCGAGAGUGAGGGGGAGGAGGACGAAGAGGAAAAUGAUGAUGAGAAGGAGGAGGAAGUUGAGCAGCUGAUUGUGGCACGGCAGGCCAUGCGGUCUCGGGGCAAGCGCCAGAUUAAGAUCCCCAACCGCAUGAAUGUGUGA